GACAUGCCCUUCCAGGCACACAGCGGGGUGAGAGAGCUGAGAGCGAAGGAGUGUUCAUAAUUACUCAAGAAAAUCACCGCCCGAGACCAUCAUUACUUGGAAUUGCUUUCCCCACCACUCCCGAUACAAGUGUAAAUAAUAUGCCAGUUAUUUGUGCCGGAAUUGGUAGAGAAGGGAAAAGAGCUGGGCAUAUCGAUUUUAGGGGUGGUAUGGGGCCGAACCAUGAGGUCGUUGGGGCGGGUGGCGCUACAGCGGCACUACUAGCUGCGAACCCGCAUCUUGCUCCAGGUGGAUUGGCUCCUCUUACACCACCCGAUGAUAAUGGGAUUCUCGAGUGGAGGGGAGAAGAGAUGUCCGAGUUACUGGUCUCGGUCAUUCCGACUGCUCCAGCGAAGGAUCCCGUCUGUGCCGCGGUUUGUGAUAAUGAGGAUCCAAAGCCAGCCCUACCAGGAAAAACUCCAGCCGGAAGGCGAAUAGAGGUAUUAAAAAGCCCGGAGGAGACUGAGAGAACAGCUCGAAUGACAUCCGGAGAGUCUGCCGGGACAGCCGAAACCAGGCGGGAAGCCAUAGAUGAGAAAGGGGAUACCUCUGUGGACAAAUCCGAGGAUAGCAGUGAUACUGAGAGCACAAGCCAUGAGGAUAUUGUUGAAGAAGGGUGGUUAAAGGACGCUAUGACCUCGCUUUUCGACUGUGCUCUUUCCGUGCAAAUGACUACAGAGGCCGUUCGAAUGUUAUCUUACACCCUUCCCUGCCCUUUACCUACAGCUUCUGCAUAUUCUGCAACCCCAACUCCCAUCCCCAGUAAUCUAGGCUCAAAUCCUGAUAGGCUUCCAGCAUCUGCCGCUGCUGCGCCCGCCGUUGCUGCGGCAGCUGGCCAGCAAUUCUCGCCAGCUAUCACUGCAAGGUGCCAUUCUCGAGCACAGGCUGACAGCGGAUCUUCAACUCCCAAUGGGCUGAUCGGGGCGGAUGAUGGGAUAACAACCGCACUGCACACGCUUACAAGAAAUAUUCAAAGACGUUGUUCCAGCGACGGAACAAAAAGGGUUUAUAUUCAUGUCUCCCAUGCUAUAUCACCUGGUAUCUCACUCAACAGGCUUCCUUCGACUCCCCCAGCCAACGGGUGCGUAGGCAGUCCUGGUGGCUUUUUCGGUGGAGGAUUUGACACUUCUCCCGGGGGGUGCGCGGAUGGAGGAGGAGGUUACUUUGCACCUACUGUUUUUAAUAGUAUUGUUGUCGCACCCGAGAAUGUUCCUACAGCUCCUAGCAUGUCCUUCCAUCGCACGCAUACGAUCCCACCGCCGAAUCCCAUAUUACCGCCAUUCAGCCUUCACAUGACACUCCUAGAGCGAUAUAUCCCACCGACUUCAAAUGCUGAGGAUAUUAGUAUGUUCUCUACCCAAUCAUCCGUGAUUCUUGACCGAUUGCACGAGCUUUCCCCGCGUGGAGGAAGCUUAUUAUUUAUUUAUCCCACAAAAACUGGCGCCAAACACUUUGACAAGCAAUAUUUGGGUCCAGUAUUGGAUCCACUUUUGAGGAAAUUAAUGGUUCUCUAUAUGCUACGGGAAGAUCUUUUGUGGGGUAUCCGGAAUAUGGCUGCCAUCGAAAAAAUGAAUGAAUUCGAAGGACUACGAUGGAAAUUGGAUAACUUUUGUACGAGGUUUUCUCAUGCUAUCAAUGAUAAUUCGAUGUGGGGCAAGAGUGGUUCAGGUUCUCAGGCCUCGAGAUUACAACUUGAUUCGAGCUAUCCGAAAACUCGUGUGCGAUUGGUGCACUCACAGAAGGCUAUGAUUCAGUUGAACGACAACAGUUGGCGGGAGUGGUGGUCUCAGCAAGAGCAGCUGAGAAUCAGAGAGGCAGUGAAGCGGCACUUUUCUAGCCUGCAACCACCUGCAGAAGGCCAGACUCCUGUAUCGCCAAAUGCUUCAGGCCCUCAUGGAUCACACCACGCCAAAUCUGCGUCAAUGUCAUCUCCGAAGCUUGGAAGUUUUCCUUCCUUGGCAAUAAAGGUCACGACAGCCUCCUCAACGCCGUCUUCGCCGACAGGGCCAUCGUCUCCGCAGUCAAAAUAUUCAUUUGGAUAUGGUGCCCCUGGUGACCUGGCGAGAGAAGUUCUCGACGGUGUAAGGGCCCCUGCCGUACGGCCUUCAUCAAGGGGGAUGAGUGAAGCAGUUGUGGCCAGUGCUCUUGCGGGGCCCGGAACUUUUGGAGUUGGAGGCGUUGUGGGCGACUAUGAAAUUAGUAGUGUGCCAAGUGAUAGACGCGUUAAGGAGAGGGGGAUUGAAGUGGGGGUAUUUGUUUUGCGACGGGAGAUAGUUACAUAAGGACGGCUGUAGUGGAAUUGGAUAAGCGGCGAUUUUGGAUAUAAUCUUUUUCUCUCAUGCUGUUUUUGGCGGGUUUUACUGCGCACCUUUGGUUUUUUCUAUAUUCUGUCUGGUUUUCGUUUCGAUUUUCCCUAGAGUGUCCUUUCACGAUGCUUAUUUUUGCUUUUUUAUUUGUUUCAUUUUAUUGGUAUUGCAAGAAUUUGGCAGAUCAUAAAGCCAGAAGGAUGGAAGGUGAAAGAUGGAAGAAAAGGAAAGGUGGCGGAAAAGGGAAGAUAACAAUUUCAAACCACCGAAGUGGCAAUCGGAUAUGUACAAAAGAGACAGGAUGCACGCACGCGCCGAUCUACACGCAAAUUCUUGAAUUACGAGUUUUGAAAGACUUGGAGGGGUACCCCCCAAUUGACAAGUGUCCCGGAGUUGUGGAGGCAUUCACGCAUUAUUGCUAAAGGUGGGCAUAAUUCCUCGCCCGAUAUUCUAUCCUUCUAUCACAGCUCAAUUUUUUGUUUUCCUUUUUUACCUCAAUCCUUGUUUCUCCAUUAUUUAUUCUAAAAGUUCCUCCUUUAUCCUCAUCUGUUCAUACACCCGCCCCUUCUCUAUAUUACAAAGAAGCGAGAGGGGUUGGCAUUCAUACAUAUAUAAACUUGCAUUAUACGUGAAAUCGCUUUCACUAUCUUCAUAUUUACAUUAGCAGUGUUAGUAAAUAUAUUUGCUCUUAAAGAA